AAACCCGAAGAAGAAUUACUUCCGCUGUGACGCAAUUGACGCUUUAGUAAAUGGCGGUCAGGAACAGGGUGGACUGUAAACAUUUCCACGGUUGUUUCAUGUGCCGCGAAGACACGAGAGUUACUGCUAAGGAGAAGUCGACGAAACGAACGCUGAACUAAUGGAGACCGAGAACGGAGAAAAGGACGCAGACUGUGACGUGGCAGAGCUGCUUCUGAAAGUGGACUCAUUGAAGCAGGAGCUCAAAGAGUGUAGAACUGAGCUGUCCAAGCUGCAGAAGCAGCUGCACCAGUCUGAGAGACUUCAGAGGAACACAGAUAGCUACAAUGAAGACCUGAGGAAACAGGUUGAUCAGCUGAGUGCAGAGAUUCAUGAACGGAAGAAGAAGGACAAAGACCGAGUCAACAGUGAAACUCAGACAGAUGACUGCGUGUGGACAGAAACUGAUUAUUACAAUUACUACUAUGGAAGCUACUACCAGAACCCUGAAGCAACAGAAAGCCAGGAAGGCCUGAACACGACAGCAGCAACAACAGCAAAAGCAGCAGUGGAUGUAGCUGAUGUAGCUGAUGGCAGCCAUGCUACAGACAACACAUCAACACAUUACGAAGCAGCAUCUGCAGAUGCCCAGCCUGACGAAAGUGGCAUUGUCACAACCGAGCAGCAGGAUGAUCCUGGAUCCAUAGCGGAUAUUCUGCGGGCCACAGCUGAAGAGGCAAUGACACAGACUGGGUUUGUCUUUGACGAGAACACAGGAAUGUACUAUGAUCACAGCACAGGCUUCUACUAUGACUCGGCCAGUCAGUUGUACUAUGACGCCAACACCGGCAUGUACUACUACUAUGACGCAGAGAGCGGUCGAUACCAGUUUCAUUCCAGGAUUGAGGUUCCUGCUGCGCAGACUGCUGCUGAGCUUUGUCCAGACAAGGACACUGUUGAAAAGAAAGUCAGGAAGUUCAAGAAAGGUGUCAAGAAAACAUCACGUCCGGGUGAUAAGGAGCAAACGGACAUUAAGUCUGAACAAGAAGAAACUGACUGGGUCGAAAAGAAGACCACCGAUUCACGAAAACCCAAGCGGAGGUCUCGUAGUGCAGACGUGGCUCCACGUCGUGAGGAGAGCAACAGAUCUUCAUCAAAAAAGAGGAAGCACAGAAGUGGUUCACGCCACGACGAUGAGCGAAGUUCAAAGAAGAAAAAGAAGAAAUCAAAAUCAGUGAAGCGGAAGAAGAAAAGAAGCCUUUCUCGCAGUGAUGACUCCGAGGGUGACAGUGAACCUGAGGAGGGUGAGAUCACAGAGUCUGAGAGAGACAAGUGGGAGUCUACUCCAUCGGUCUCGUCGUCCUCUGGCUCCCCCUACAGGGAGAGUCCAGAAUCUGAGGUGGAGACUCAGAGUCAGGAAGUGAAAGACAUUUGGCCGCCCUGUGUAAGAGUGACGGUGGUGAGGUCUCCAGUGCUGCAGGUGGGCUCUCUGUUCAUCCUCACAGCUGACUCUUCAGCCACCAUCGGCAGAGAGAAAGAUAUGGAUCAUGCGAUACGAAUACCAGAGAUGGGAGUCAGCAAGUUCCACGCAGAGGUGUACUUUGAUCAGGAGCAGCAAAGCUAUGUGCUUGUGGACCAGGGAAGCCAGAACGGAACCGUCAUCAAUGGCAACCGGAUCUUACAGCCCAAAGUCAAAUGUGAGCCACAUGCACUGAUGCAUGGUGACGAGGUGAAGAUGGGAGAGACUGUGCUGUCCUUCCACAUCCACUCAGGCACUGACACCUGUGACGGAUGUGAGCCUGGUCAGGUGAUGGCUCACCUCAGCAAGCACAAGCGUGAGGAGCAGACAGGCCCUGCUCUAACCAAAGAGGAUAAAGAGGCACUAAGACAGAAGGAGCUGAAGCAGAUGAAGGCCAAAUAUGGCCUGCAGAGCAAUGAGUAUGAAGAGGCCAAAGCCCUGAGGAAUCCCAAAUACAAGGACCGAGCAGAGUCUCGUCGACAGGUUGUGGGCAGCGAGGGGGCUUUCCAACGAGAUGAUGCGCCUGCGUCUGUUCACACGGAGAUCAGUGAAGUGAAUAAAGGACGGAAGAUGUUGGAAAAGAUGGGCUGGAAGAAAGGAGAGGGACUCGGCAAAGAGGGAACUGGAAUGACGAACCCAAUUGAACUGAAGAUCAGAAAGUCCCAGUCAGGUUUGGGGGCAGGUGCCACCCUCUCUAUAGACACCGUCUCUGUGACCAGAUCAAAGUCUCAGAAGAACUGGGAGAAAGCCAGAGAGAGAUUUGCUGACUCAUGCCAGCCUGACACGCCUGCAAACAAAGCACAGAACAAGUCACCCAAAGCCUGGGUAAGAGCAGAGGAGGCGGACGCUAAUAACACACAGACGGAAUAAGUGUGGACACAUUUGUUCUCCAGUGCAAUCUAAACAGGUUUUCUCUCGGCACCACUUUGUUCUGAAGGAAACAGAAUGUGAUUAUGAUUUGUUUUAGACCGUAUGCCAUGUAACCAUGAUGGUAUAUUUGUUAUCUGUGUGUACAGUUACCAUGGUUACAGGAGGCCUUAAUUUUCAUUGCCAGUAAAGAAAUGAAAUAAGUGGUUUAAUUGUCGUCUUUAAUUGUUUCUCUUCUCAUCUCCGUUAUGUUUCUGUUGCGUUUGCGGUAAAAGUCAGUUAGCUACUGUCGUUAGAAUGUUUCUCUAAGCUAUGAGUGAGUCAUGUCAGAUGUUUACAGCCCUGGACAAAGUUACUGACUGAUAAAAGCACGUGUUUCAUAAGAACCUACAGAUGGCAGAUCUGCCUCCGUGCCUCCCAGAGCAAAGACGACACGCAUCGCCUCGAGCAAAUAUUGACACGGAGAAGCUAUAUUUCUCACAAUGAGAUCGUACUGUGAUGUAACAACUGUGGAUGUGUUCAGACAACCCUGGUCACUGAUCGUGUAGAACCAGUCUUGAUUGCUCUGUGUGACACUGCCCAAACUCCUGAUCCCAGUUUUGAAGAUGUUACACAUUAAAUGUUGAACAUGAUCAACA